CUGCGCGCUCCCGGGCCGCCCAGCCUGUCCUACACCGGCGAGUGGCAGAAACGUCCCGGGGGCCGCCGGGGCCGAGUAGAGCCUUCGUGGGGCGCACAGAGCAGUAGGCAAGAUGGACGGUUGUCACGUAACCAAGCAACAAGGUGGACCCGGGGUGGAAACGAUAAAGCACCCCCACGACCUAUAGCGCCCAGUACUCAAGGGAACAGGCGGACGGGAGUGGGAGACGAGAAGCAACUCGCUAUCCCGCGAGAACUGGCUCCGCGCGAGUUUGGCCGACGAUAAGCACAGUGAGAGCCGGUGCGCACGCGCGCUUCGGCUUCCGGCCUGCACUCCUGCUGCCCGCAGUCCUCCAGCCUCCGAAGCGUCUAGCCCGCGCCGCUGGGCGGGCCGGGCAUGCGCACACGGAAGAACCCCGCCCCGCUUGCCCUCGGAAGUGCUUCCUUAGCCCGCGGCGCGCAUGUGCAGAACGAAGUCGGCGCGGCGGCAGAGGUGGUGGCCGAACAGGCGACGGCGGUGCGGCCGCGGGUUUCCUCUCUGGUCUGGUAGAGCCCCAAGGUCCUCACCAUGGACUUCCAGCAUCGCCCCGGAGGCAAGACCGGGAGUGGGGGCGUGGCCUCCUCCUCUGAGAGCAACCGGGACCGUAGGGAGCGCCUCCGGCAGCUGGCCCUGGAAACCAUCGACAUCAACAAGGACCCCUACUUCAUGAAGAACCAUCUGGGCUCCUACGAGUGCAAGCUGUGCCUGACGCUGCACAACAACGAGGGGAGUUACCUCGCGCACACCCAAGGGAAAAAGCAUCAGACCAACUUGGCCCGGCGAGCAGCCAAGGAGGCCAAGGAGGCCCCCGCCCAGCCGGCGCCAGAGAAGGUCAAGGUGGAGGUGAAGAAGUUCGUGAAGAUCGGCCGCCCGGGCUACAAAGUGACCAAGCAGAGGGACACGGAGAUGGGUCAGCAGAGCCUCCUCUUCCAGAUCGACUACCCCGAGAUUGCCGAGGGCAUCAUGCCCCGCCACCGUUUCAUGUCCGCCUACGAGCAGAGGAUCGAGCCUCCGGACCGGCGCUGGCAGUACCUGCUCAUGGCCGCCGAGCCCUACGAGACCAUUGCCUUCAAGGUGCCAAGCAGGGAGAUUGACAAGGCUGAAGGCAAGUUUUGGACUCACUGGAACCGGGAAACUAAGCAGUUUUUCCUCCAGUUCCACUUUAAGAUGGAGAAGCCACCGGCCCCGCCGAGCCUCCCUGCAGGGCCUCCUGGGGUGAAGCGGCCCCCACCCCCGCUGAUGAAUGGUUUGCCCCCUCGGCCACCACUGCCCGAGUCAUUGCCCCCGCCCCCGCCAGGAGGCCUGCCCCUGCCCCCCAUGCCGCCCAGUGGGCCUGCGUCCUCGGGGCCUCCGGGCCCUCCUCAGCUGCCCCCACCGGCUCCCGGUGUCCACCCCCCAGCACCAGUGGUCCACCCCCCAGCAUCUGGAGUGCACCCCCCAGCUCCUGGGGUCCACCCACCGGCACCAGUGGUCCACCCACCAGCAUCUGGGGUCCACCCCCCUGCUCCGGGGGUCCAUCCCCCAGCCCCAGGGGUCCACCCUCCAGCACCAGGGGUCCACCCUCCAGCCCCCGGGGUCCAUCCUCCCCCAUCUGCUGGGGUUCACCCCCAGGCCCCAGGGGUGCACCCACCAGCUCCUGCAGUUCACCCCCAGGCCCCGGGGGUCCAUCCUCCAGCUCCCGGGGUCCACCCCCCAGCCCCAGGGAUCCACCCCCAGCCUCCUGGGGUCCACCCCCCACCUCCUGGGGUCCACCCAUCAGCUCCUGGGGUCCAUCCUCCAGCUCCUGGGGUCCAUCCCCAGCCUCCUGGAGUUCACCCCUCAAAUCCCGGGGUGCAUCCCCCAACUCCCAUGCCUCCGAUGCUGAGGCCCCCGCUGCCCUCCGAAGGCCCUGGGAACAUUCCUCCCCCUCCCCCCACCAACUGAAAAGCCACCCCUGUCCCAGCAAGUCUGGCCUUGUUUUCCUGUGUUCCCCCCCGCAGAGUGAAGUUGAGUUUUUUGUACAGGGCUGGGCCGUGUUCCCAGAGCCCAUUAAAGAGUCUCUGCUAA